AUGUACAAACUUCUCAAAGUAGACCUAGUCGCUAGACAGUUGCAGCUACUGUUGUUUUACUGUCGUCGGGACCAUCACCACCACCACGUCUUAUGUCCGCUUUACUCGGAUACACAACCCGCUCCUGAUUCACUGCCACAAUCAUGCCCUUCUAAGGAUGAAUCUUCCUCAUCUUCGCGAAUAAGUCGUAUAACCCAUGGCCAGCGUACCGAGAGUAGCCAUCGGGUGCUACAAUCACCUACUCCCUCCGAGACUUUUGAACCACUGCUUUUGGCGCAAGGCGAUGCCGAGAAGCCUGCUUCGAAGUUAGACUUGUUUUCCGUUCCGGAAGCUCAUCUUCAACGAUGCCAAACUAACCCGCCCUCUUCUGGAGUUUCGCCUAUUUUUCUCGAAGAACGCGAGACGAAUAAAUUAGGAUGUUGUUCACUCAGCUUACGUCGCCCUAGUGACGACCUGCUGAUUCCCAUAGUGAACUUUGAUGUUAGGCCUCCCCAGAUUGCUGAGGCCACCAUGUCAGUGUUGACGACUGACGUGGAACACCCCCAACUUUCCAAUAGAGACCAGUCAUCCGAGAGAAUUCUCAGUAGCCAUACUUCUAGCCAGGACAUCAACCAUACAAAUGACGCACCCCCCUACGAAGGUGAUGAGGUCGCAUCGGCUAGUCGCCCAGACAGUUUCUCCUUGCCCUUGGCCCUCUCUAGUAUUCCCGCUGUUCCCCGCCUCGAUACCGUGGAUGGUGAAGCUAGCUCCGCUCCCCAAGCCCCUGGCCCUAUUCGACCCGAUGUCCAAACUUCGAGUAAACAGUUGCACAACCGUCAAACUGAUAAGAAUAAGAACACUACCAACAAAGACUUUGAGGAUGCUAAGGCAGGAAGUUGGGUUGAGCCUUCAAUUUUUUCGCGGCCCUCGCCAACGAAGGCUUGCUCUUUGCGCGAUAAAUCUAUAUUUCAUAGUCAGGCUGCAUCGAAGGUUCAUCACCGAAUGCCCGAGGUAGAGGUAAAGAUGCCCUUGGCGGGCACUGUCACCGUAUGCAUUGACUUUCCAUCUGUCUACCCUAGUCGAGACUACACACCCAUCUUCAGAGUAAUUGAAUCCUCGCCUCGUUUACCUGAGCCUGUGGAAAAAGCACUUGUUCAAGCCUUACACGCUACCGCGAUGGAACAUAUGCCUUCUCUUCGUGGUUACUUGGAGCCGUGCAUUCGUCGGGCGAUUGCUUUUCUCUAUGAUCCUCAGAUCAGUUCAUCCUCGACUACAGGCGUAAGUAAAUGUGUAUAUUUGCAUGGGUCUGGGCUGUCGCCCCGUUGGUAG